AUGAGUGCCAAAGAAGAUGUCGCUAUCAACUGCAAUUCGAAACCUCCACCGGCGGGAAAGGAACAACGGAAAAGAAGGAGGAUUCUGCUGGCCUGUAGGACCUGUCGGGCCCGAAAACAGCGUUGUGACGGAUCCCAACCCACAUGUCAGCAUUGUGCCGUCCAAAAUCUGGAUUGUCACUAUGAAUCGGCCAGCCAAAAGGCCGACGUGACCCGGCUCUACGUGCACAAUCUCCUGAAGCGCAUCGACCAUCUCGAGGAGGAGCUCUCUGGUGCGAGACCGGCAAAACGUCGCGGCGACGUCGCAAGUCUCGCUUCUGAAGAGCCCGACUCCACCUUGCCGACAUCAAAACUACAUGGCACCAGACCAGCACAACACGGACAAUCACCACAACACACCCCACUCCUUGGGUUGAGGCAGCCUCAUGACGCCGUGGCUAGAGGCACUCUCACUGAGUUAGAACUCGAGCAGGCUGUGCCCAAGCCAGCGUAUCCUACCCCAGAAACUGUAGAACCACCGACACAGGGCUACUUGGGUGCUGCAAAUACCUUGACUUUCUGUCAGGCCGUUCUCGAACAGGAUGACCUCCUUGAGCAACAUCAGGACUUGAGCUCCUCGCCCACCCCGAGACGACCAGCAACCGCUUCGCAGAGCACGCCGAGAAUUCACUCCAUCUCUUUAGGCGACCUUGCCGAUUCCUGGCCGCAACGGUAUCUGGGAGAUCACCUGGUCGACUGUUAUAUGGAGCUUUGUUACCCACAAUACCCUUUUAUGCACGGUCCGACCUUCAAACGACGCUAUGAAUCCAUGUGGACCUCGAGAGAACGCCAGACUGACGCGUGGAUCGCAACGGUGAACACCAUCUUUGCACUGGGUUGUCAGUUCUCGCCCAACAUAUCGCCAGAAUUGGGAGAGGAGUUCUUCAAAAAGGCGACAUCCCUCAUCAAAUUCGAAAUCCUCGGCGUGUGUACUUUGGAGUCGCUGCAAGCUUUGGUCCUGAUGAGUCUCUACCUGCAGAGUUCUGCCAACCUGAACCAUUCUUGGAACGUCAUCGGACUGGCUAUUCGGCAAGCUCAGAGCCUCGGACUGCAUCUGCAGAAAACAUAUCAACGCUCGCGGACGCCGCUGGUACGAGAGGUCCAAAAGCGCAUAUGGACGGCGUGUUACGUGCUGGACAGUGUCUCAGCUAUGAUGCUCGGCCGGCCACCCAUGAUUUCACCCGACGCAUUUGCCCUGAUAGAAGGCAUCACAUUACUGGAUGACGACCAGAUUCCCAAUGGAAGAGCAUUGCCGCCUUCGUCACCAACGUCUCCGACCGCCGGUGCGGAGGCCGCUGAACGACUCGAUAACACUGGUGAGGAACCGCGCGUGAUGGCCUUCUUCGCCGCGACGAUUCGUCAGUGUGGCUUCAUGCGCGAAGUGGUCAAGGUGUAUGACUUGCGGACGGAGCAUUCCCGGGUCCUGGAUAUCGACGACCGAUUUUGCCAAUGGAUGGCCAACUUCCCGCCCCAUCUGCAUCCUUCAAACACGUCUGACACGGACAAAAGAUUUUGGCAACAAAGGGUUGUUUUGACGUCUCGUUUCCUCAAUUUGCGUAUCCUCUUCCAUCGUCCCUGCGUUAUGCAGAUCUCUUCUGUUGGGAAGACAGUCACACCAUUCGAGCCCAUUCGCGGAGCAGCCAACGAAAAGCUAGCCACCUUGCGAGCCGAAGUAUGCAUCAAUGCAGCAAUCGAACAAAUCCAGCACAUUUCACGCUCUUACAAGCGAGGUCUUCAGAGCGCCUGGUGGUAUGAUCUGAACUAUAUAUUUUCUGCCACUUCUAUCCUCCUUGCUACACAGAUCGCGCAACAGCACUGCAACAGGUCUUACUCUCAUUAUGUCAAGCUGGCUGAGGACGUUAUCCGUGGGAUGCAACAGACCGGCAAAAGCAUGGCAGGACGAUACCUUGAAAUGUUGGAGCAGUUGCAGCGGCAUCUGGCAUAUAAGACUUCGCCAGCUGUGCUCCAGAGGGGUGCACAUUCUCAGCCCUCUCGCACCGCCUCCCCUAGCCGUCGCAAUCCGCUGCAUGGAAGCCGCGGCGUGACCGAGAACGGCAACUCAGGCUGUGAUCCCAUCCGGGACCUGGUGGACGAGGACCUCGAAGGCAAUCUGGCCAUCUGUGAUCCGGAUCUCCCUGAGCCGAUACGCGAUGAGGAUGUGAGUUCGCUGUUCGCAUCUUCAUCCUUUCCGUGGAACAUUGACCUGGAUUCGUUUUUGUUGGACGACAACACUCUGGAUAACAUUCUGGAUCCGACCGAUUUCGAUGCCAUUGUCUGA